AAUUAUCAACUGAUACUUCUGGUAUUAGUAAAGUUUCAGAAGAAAUAGAUAUAGGAAGCAGUAAUUUUUUACAACUUUUUAAUAAAAUUGAUUACACAGAAUCUAAAAAUAAAGAUGCAACAAGAGAACUUAUUAAAAAUUAUUUCAAUUUUUAUGAAGCUAUAUAUAAUAAAUAUAAGGAGUUAAAAGCCAUUCAUAGUAAAGUAAACACUACUGCUAUUAUGAAAGAUGAGGUCAGAAAAGAAAUUCUAAAAAUAAAAUUUACUGAUAAUACUCUGCAAAGGAGAAGAAAAAAAGCUGAAAAG